UUGGAUACAAACGUGACCUAUAACCGACAUAACGACCAAUCCCAUAACUUCUAACUGAGCCGAAGAAAAUUUAUAAACAGUAAACAAACUGCUCAUGGUCAUAUGUGCGACUGGAAGGCCAUUGUCUCGACACUGAUAUAUCUGCGACUCUCACCAUGACAAAGCCGCUUACAGUUCUGAAGAGUGUUGGACCAAAAUUGGUUCCAUUCUUCAAGACCUGCACCAUUUUCUUUGUGCUGUUUGCUGAUACACCAGCUACAGAAACAAGCGCACCCUGGUUCUUCUGCAUAGUGAAAUGUCUUCCAAUUAUUUCACUGAUUCUGUUUGUUCUCUUAAAUGGAAUGAACAUCACAGAGUAUUACCGCUAUUCAAGACGGAUACUUAUAGGACUCAUAUUUUCGUGCUUAGGAGAUGCUUGUCUUGUGUGGGCGAAGAAAUAUUUUGAGGUCGGAAUUGCCUGCUUUGCUAUUGCACAGAUUUGCUAUUCAAGAGCCUUUGGAUGGAAGCCGUUUAACCCAUAUGCAGGGGCGGUAGUGUUUGGACUCGGGUUUCUGGUGUAUUCGUUUCUCAGCACUGCCCUACAUGGAAUAAUGCUUUACAUGGUGGCAGCUUACAUCACUGUGAUAUGCACCAUGGCAUGGCGCGCAGUGGCACGAGUUCAGUUCUUUGGCGAUCUCGUGAUUAAGUGGACCAAGCUGUCUGGGUGCUUCGGCGCUUUGGCUUUCGUGAUAUCAGAUGUCACCCUGGCCAUUGACAGAUUCAAGUUUCCGAUUCCCUAUGCACACCCAAUAAUCAUGGUGACGUACUACGCAGCUCAGUUUGGAAUAGCUCUCUCUGUUGUGGAUAGCCAGGUUGAUGAACUCAUUGACUCUUCCAAAAGGGCCCAGAAAGAAAAGGAACUGGUUGAAACAAUGGAAAACAAGGGAACUAAGAAUGGACAUGUACAAAAUGAAAGUGAUUCUUCCCAAAGUGACAUCUCAAUGAAUGAACCAUCAACGCCGAAAACACUGAUACAGCGAUGCAUUCCAGUAAAAUGAACUUUACUGUAGGAAAUGAAUUGAGCGUUCCUGCAUUUCUUGUCAGUAUUUUCUGCUACCUUCAGUGACAGGACCAAUGGUAUUAUAAAGAGUAAUAAAGAGUAAUAAUGUGCAGUGGAAACAUUACUCUUGAUUCUAGUCUACUGACAGAGUGAUCAUGUCUCAAUGAACUUGUAAUAAAAAUGCUUAUAGUUUCAUAAUAAAUAAUGGUUCAUUUUCAUACUAUUUUUGAUUAAACCAAAAGCAAGCAUAUGUUUGGGCUUCUUGGGGACUCUACAAGUUUUUUAUUAGUUGAAGUCAUUUUUUUUAUAAGUGAGGCUGUUUAUAAGUGAGGCGGAGAAAA